GAGGGGGGCACUGAGUGGGGAAAAGAGAGAGCCACAGAGAUAGCAGCAGAUGGACCGCUGCAACACUGCCUGCAACACACUUACAAAGGAUAGACUGUAUGUGUGACGGUGUGUAUCCCAGAGAAUGCUUGUGAAUGGGUGAAUGUUGUUCAUGUGCUCUGGAAUUGGACGCUGUGAGCAAUAAUCCUCUUGAGGAAAAAAAGGAUACAGACAAGUGAAUAGGAAACAGAAGAGUGAACACACUUUGGUUGCUUUCACAGGGCAGGCGCAAGCAAGUAGUAAGCCUGUUAUCAAUGUAACAGGCUUACAGAGUAUAAAAAAAAACUGUAACGGGAUAUUUGGUUCAUUUGAGUCUGCCGAAGAACUAAACUGUCUUUGAAAGUAGAGAAGUGAGGGAGAGGUUGGAGGGCACCUUUGGGAGCACAGAGAGGGGGAUUCUCUAUGGUGAAGAGUGAUGAGUCUGGACCCUGUGCAGGUGAUGAGCGGACAGGUCAAGGAGCUCAAAGUUGGCCCUUCGUCCAACGGGGACAACAGAGCAUCAUGGGAAGAGAAAGAAGAGUUCGAUCAAGACCACCUGGGCCUCACCACCAAGCCCAAACCAGUGACAGGGAGACGAGCCCGGAAGGUGGAGGGAGGCAUGUUCUUCCCAAAGCCAGAGAACGCGGUGACCAUCGCUGUGUCUUCUCGGGUCAUGUUUCGGACCGAGCGGGAGCAGAAGGUGUUUGAGCAGAAAGGAGUGGAGGAGUAUCUUCGAUACCAAAUCGAACACGAGAAUGAACCAUUCGCCCCGGGACCUGCUUUCCCCUUUGUCAAGGCCCUGGAGACCGUCAACGCUCGUCUGCGGGAGCUGUACCCACAAAGUGAAGAGCUGUUUGACAUUGUUUUGGUGACGUACAACCAUGCACACGUAGGAAUCCGGCUCAUCAACACCAUUAACCACCACAAUUUGUUCAUUGAGAGGUUUUGUAUGACGGGGGGAAGCAGUCCUAUUGGCUACCUGAAGGCCUGGCACACCAACCUCUACCUGUCUGCUGACGCUGACAAGGUCAGGGAGGCGCUGGCUGAAGGCAUCGCCGCAGCCACCAUGUUCAUGCCAGAGAAGCUGACAGAGGUGUCAGAGUCCCAGCUAAGGGUUGCAUUUGAUGGCGAUGCCGUCCUCUUCUCUGAUGAAUCGGAGCGCAUCUUCAAGGCCCACGGGCUGGACAAGUUCUUUGAACAUGAGAGGGACAAUGAGGACACACUAUUGGAUCAUGGUCCCCUGAAGGGCUUCCUGGAGGCACUGGGGAAGCUCCAGAAGAAGUUUUACGCUAAAGGCCAGCGCCUGGACUGUCCUAUCCGAACAUACUUGGUCACAGCUCGUAGCGCAGCCAGCUCUGGGAUCCGGGCGCUGAAGACACUCAGGGCCUGGGGCUUGGAGAUUGAUGAGGCCUUGUUCCUCGCGGGAGCACCGAAGGGACCCAUGCUGGAGAAGAUCAGGCCUCACAUCUACUUUGAUGAUCAGAUGUUUCACGUGGAGGGAGCGGCCGAGAUGGGCACCGUCGCUGCCCAUGUCCCCUACGGCAUUGCACAGAAACAUAACCCCAAACAGAAAUCCAGUGUGGGGAAGUAGCCAGCAGGCCUUUUAAGAGGCCAUAGGCACAGUUAUCCAGCCAGAAACAGGACAAGAGAGGAAGGAUCGGAUGGAGAAACAUCUCAGAGAACAGCAAAGUGAAGUUGAGAGGUUUCAGAGAACUUGGAAAGAUGAACUUGUACUGAAUUGUAUGUGGAAAUGUAUCAUUUCCAUACUGUCGCAAUUGUAAGUUUGUUUUAUCACAUGUGAACAGUCUCAGCUUAUUAUGUUAGGAGUUAGAUUCAGGUCUGGGUAGAGGUCAAGUAGAGGUCUGGAACCUGAGAUGACCUGGAUGCCAAGUGUCCCUCAGCUUUACAUUUCAAAGCCUCAAUCUACUCAAUCUACUCAAUACUUAAGUGUUUCGCCAAGUCUUGCUUUAAACAGGAAUUCCGAAGGUGCUUGAUUGCCAUGGUGACCUACCAUUUCUCUCACUACUACUUAACUUCAUAAAGAAGACAUCUCUUCAGUAAAUGUGGGAGGCAUCACUGAUAUUUAUAUGCCUCCUGUUUAAGUAAAGCACAGAGACUACACUAUGUCACCAGUAAAUGAGCCAUUUAAGCGCAAUGCAGCGGUAUUAUAAGGUUAUAGAUUAUAGUGAUGUACUGUAGCACAAGAGUCAUAAUUUAAAGUUAUGUUUCAAUCAUUUUACAUAGUUUGACUUCACAAGAAUGUAAAAUCGUUUGUUUGCAACCAUACAAUAUGUGUUGUAUAUUACUGAAUAUUGACUGAUAAUAUUAUCUGGUGUUAGUCCAAAACAAAUUUAGAAAGCCAUAAGUUUCAGUUGGUGCCUUAGUUUCAAUGGAGACACUAUUUAUAGCCAGUUUAGCAGUGUGGUAAGUCCAGUAUUUUGGUCCAGGGUGAAAUAUCUCCACAACUGUUUAAUGGAUUACCAUAACAUUCAGUACAGACGUUUAUGGUAUGCAGAAAUAGAAACCUAGUGAAUUUGGUGGUGAUCCCCUGACUUUUAAUGUUGCCUCGUAGGUUAAAAUUUAAAGUUAAAGUUUCAGUUCAUGACAGAAUGUUAUUUGUUUAUAAAGCUUAAGUACACCUGGCACUGACAGAGCACAGGGAAGACUGAAUAAAGUUGAGUGAAUUCUGACAAUUCUGAUUUGAAAUGUUCCUAAAAUGGCUGCUUGAUGUGUGGUAUAUAGCCAUAUGGCUUUCUACAGAAGCAGUGAAAAGCCUGUGAGAAAAAAAACAGGUGGUAAGUUUUUUUCCCCCACAUUUUUAUAGAAUUUUGCUAUAGUUAUAUUGUCCAACAUAAACAAUUUACCCUUGUGCAUUGAGAAAUUAAAACGGAUCUAGAAGAAAACACGAAUGCUUUAAGUUCUAUUAGAAACAUGGGGCAGUGGUACACUUUGUUUUUUUGGUGGCAAAAUGAGUAUUACAACAACACAAAAUUAACUUGAAAUAAAAAAACUAAAACUUUUUUUCCUCUCCAAAUGUUUUCAGAGAUGAAAAAAAGAAUUGACAAUUAUCUUGGCAAAACAUUUUUUGUCAUCUGAAAAAAUUAAAAUGAAGGUACUUACUAGAAUACCCAAGCCUUUUUUAACCAAAAAUUGGAUCACCAGAAUUUGUUUUUAUCACUUGCCUCUCAGGGCUUCCGAACUUGGCUCACUCAGGCUGAAUGUUUUUGCUCCACAAUGGUGAUAAGAAGAAAAGCUUUAUCUCAAUGUUGAAUCCAUCCAUGAAUUUAGCUUUCCAGUGUUUAUAAUGAGUAUUACAGCCUUAAGGGCCUUCUAUGGCUAUUGUUGUUUAAAAGCAAAGGUUGCUGACAUGAGGGCAUUACAGCCUCUGCGCAAUGUGCUGUGGUUUCUUACAAACUGAAGUAUCACAGUAACAGAUGUUUAGCAAGCAGCUAGGUUGAUUUUACUGCCCUCUCCUGUGCAUCACAGCUAGUACAAAGUCACACUCUGCUAAGGUGGCAUUGAUAGUAUGGCACUGUAAAGUUUACCAGUUCAACUACAUCUGGCAAUCAAUACCUUGGUUCAGUUACAGUAUGACUUAUGUUUGAUUGAAAAACAUAGAAUUUGUCUUUCAUCGACAAAAUGGCCGCAAUGGCCUUUUGAAAAUGUCAAUCCACUGCACAUCCCUCGCCACUGCUCACAAGUCCUCGGAAAUCUUUCACCUAGUGUACAUUUAGUGAUGGUUCAUUACACCUCACCAGCCUUCUGGGGGCCUCGAAGUUCAGGAAAGAAAGCAGUCCACCAGUUUAAUUUCACAGCCAAAAAUCACAUAAUUAAACAGAUGUGACUUUUGGCAGACGUUUGUCCUAAAAUGAUGGCUGAGUCAUCGGAUUGUAAAGUUUCAGCAGGAUCAGUCAGUGCAGUUUGGACUUUAGGCUGACAUUUAGGUAUAGAUAAAAGAAGCAACGUUUGAACAUUUCAACAACCAGUUUAUGGCAACGUUUUUGACAAGUAUGAAAGAAAUGGUUUUGCAAUAAGAAAAUGUACAUGAACAAAAAAUAAAGUUGUAAAUUAUAGUACUUCUUUUCUCAUUAAUGACAAUAGUCUGAGAUUAAAUGAGUUCCAUGAUGAAACAUGCUAGAUGAACACAUCACUCCUGCACAGGGAGUCACUGAUGUGCACUCCUUCACUCCACCAUAGUGUGGCAGCACUGGAAUGAUAAAUGACCCGCUGAAGAAACUGGUCUUCAUUCCCCACAUGUUGUUUUUAUCUAGGAUGAAAGCUGAUCAUUUGGCUUGAUUCAUUAAAAAAAAAA